UAUUCUUCACCAUUGCUUCUGACACCAUCGCCGUACUUUUUCUAAAUCAUCAAUAAUAUUUCCGUUAUCCACAACAGUGCUCUGCACUAACCAAUACCCGCUUCUCCAGGAUUCUGUUUUCUUAAUAUUCACAUUUCGACCUCAGUAAAUACUGGACUACUGUCUUCGUUUUUCGUUUAAUCUACUUCCACCUGAAUUUGUGGUGGUUCAAACUUCAAAGCACGAGACUUGGAUUCUAAUCCAUUUUCAAGCCAGUGACAACGCAGAAGCAAAAAUGGAAGGUGGUUUCUUUGCGGUUCCACCUUGGAAAAAGGGGUCUUGGCAGCAGGAGUUAGGUUCAGAUGAUGCGGAGGAAUUGAAAGCGGUGUCAUCUUUGCCACCCUUGGCUGAGCCACCGACACCACGUGAACCCAUGGAGUUCUUAUCUAGGUCAUGGAGUCUCUCUGCCUCCGAAAUCUCAAAGGCUCUCUCAGACAAACAAAAACAAAUUUUCCUCGAUAAGGCCCAAGACACAUUGCCACAACCUAUUUCCGCACCUCAAUUCACAGGAGGGACAGGGAAGAUGAUAGCAUCUGGUAAUUGUCGAAGGAUGGGUGCGAUUGGAAAAUGGUUACAUCAGAAGCAGCAGAGCAACACGAGCGUUUCCGUAAAGAAGAAAGAUCGGGCGCGAGUGGAAAACGCGCGUGUGCAUGCGGCGCUGUCCAUUGCGGGGCUAGCCUCUGCGGUGGCUGGUGUGGCCGCGACGGAGGACCCUGGCGGUGGCUCUCGUUCCAAAUUCGACGUCGCUCUCGCUUCGGCCACGCAACUCUUGGCGUCUUAUUGCGUUGAAAUGGCGGAGUUAGCCGGCGCGGAUCGCGAGCGCGUGGCGUCCACCGUCAGGUCCGCCGUCGAUAUUCAGACCCCCGGCGAUCUAAUGACUCUCACCGCUGCAGCUGCGACCGCUUUGCGAGCAGAAGCAGCUCUGACAGCGAGGUUGCCAAAAGAAGCAAAGAAAAAUGCUUCUAUAAGUCCCUAUGAUAAGGUGGUAGCGGAAACGCAUUGGCUUCGUGCGGUUGAUGGUCACAUGUUGGAACGUCAUCCUCCCUGUCUGGGGGAUUUGUUGCAGCUCACAGAAAAAGGUGCUAUACGAUGGAAACAUGUUCAUGUUUAUAUCAAGAAGUGUCAGGUCAAAAUUAAGAUCAAAAGCAAGCACGUUGGAGGAGCCUUCUCCAAAAAGAAUAAAUGUGUGGUGUAUGGAGUCUGUGAUAAAGAUAAUGCAUGGCCAUAUAGAAAAGAAAGGGAAGCGUCAGAAGAGCUUUAUUUUGGCCUCAAAACUGCACAAGGUCUUCUGGAAUUUAAGUGCCAGAACAAACUCCACAAGCAAAAAUGGGUUGAAGGGAUUGAGUUUUUACUUCGAAGAGUCAACUCUGUUGAAGCAACAGAGCAUUCUCUUGAAUUUUUAAGUAUUAGUACCAGUACAUGAUUGUAUAUGCCUCUAGGUUCUAGAAGAGUGGAACAUACAAAAUUUUGCCAAACAAAUGCUGCCUCUGCAUUACAGAAGCAAAGAAACAAAAUUGUUCACUGCAGGGGUUGCUUUGACCAUCUUUGUUAAUAGUAAUACAAAUUAAUAAGCCUAAAAUCAGUGUUAAGAUAUAAAAA